ACAUUCUAAGAACAAUCAAACAUACUUCGCCAAACGUCUGUUCAUCAGGUUCAUCUGUUGACAUUUUAGUAUCAACUUAUUUUGGGUUUAGAAACAAAUUCUAACAAAUUAUUAAGAUAGAAAAACAUUACAGAUUUAAAUAUAUCCACAAUGGAUGAUAAACAAAAAACCCUAAUAUGCGGGGAUGUAAAUGGAAAUUUCAAUGCCUUGUUUUCCCGCGUUGACACCAUCGUUAAGAAAUGUGGGGCUUUCGACGUCCUACUGUGUGUAGGCAACUUUUUCGGAGAUGAUAAUUCACAGCUCGAUGCCUAUAAAAUGGGUACAAGAAAAGUUCCAGUAACAACUUACGUGUUUGGCCCUUCUAAACCUGAACAUGUGUCACUGUACUGUGAAGAGGGCUCUGAGAUUGUGCCAAAUGUCAUUUACAUGGGUAAAAGAGGUAUAUUUACAACCAGUUCAGACUUAAAAAUAGCUUAUUUAACUGGUCUAUCAAGGAGGGAACUUGGCAAGGAGGUUCCUAUGUGCACAUUUGAGCCGAGUGAUUGCAGUGCAGUGAGAGAUGCUUGUUUUAGAGGUCAGAGUGAAUACAGAGGGGUGGAUAUAUUAAUAACAACCCUAUGGCCUGCCGGAAUACAACAGGAUGAAUGUACAAAGAUUGAUGUUCCACAAGAAAAUCUAUCAAACUUAUUAGCUUGGCUUGCUAUUCAAAUUAAACCUAGGUAUCAUUUUGUUCCAUCUCCUGACACACAUUUUGAGAGACAACCUUACAGAAACCUAAGUACACACCAAGACUACAGAGAAGGGGCAACCAGGUUCAUAGCGUUAGCCCCUGUAGGGAACAAAGUUAAGGAGAAAUGGGUAUACGCAUGUUCUUUACAGCCAAUCAGUAAGAUGCGUGUUACAGACCUAUUGCAGGGCACUACUGAUGAGACAGCUUGUCCAUAUGACCCCGAACUGCUGAAACAACAUCAGCCUGGGAAGGUUGUUAAGAUCACAGACAAUGGACAAUUCUUCUUUAAUAUGGAUGCACAAGAUGAUGACAGAGGGAAAAGGAAAAGGCAAGGCGGAGAGGAUUCCGAGAGAAAGAAGAGAGAAUUUGAUGCAGAUUCCUGUUGGUUCUGCCUGUCGUCCCCAACUGUGGAGAAACAUUUAGUAAUAAGUGUGGGCUCGCACUGCUACCUCGCGCUAGCUAAAGGACCGCUGACUCCGUACCACGUGCUUAUCCUACCCAUUGCACAUCACCAGUCUACUACUAGAGUCCCAGAAGAAGUACUAAACGAAAUAAAUAAAUUCAAGGAAGCACUAAAGAGGUUUUAUGGCUCAAUGAAGAUGUUAGUGGUGUUCUUCGAGAGAAACUUCCGCACGUCGCACAUGCAGAUACAGUGCGUGCCUGUACCCCGCGCUUGCGACUCGCAGAUACUCGAGAUCUUUCAAGAUGAAGCUGGUAUCAACAGCAUCCAGAUAGAAGUGCUCCCUCCCUACACGGACAUCCGCCAGGUGUCGCUGCCGGGCGCGCCAUACUUCCACGCAGAGCUGCCCUCUGGUGAACAGAUAUAUGCUAGGACUAAGCAACACUUCCCAUUACAUUUUGGAAGGGAUGUGUUAUCCAGUCCACCGAUACUUAACUGCGAGGAUAAGGCCGACUGGCGACAAUGCCAGUUAUCUCGGGAAGAAGAAGAGCAGUACGUUAAGAACUUUAGAGAAAAGUUCCGCCCCUACGACUUCGCAGCGGACGCCGACAGUGAUAGCGACUGAUUGUAAAUAAUGUAAGUUAUAUUUGUUUAGUGAUCGUUGUAAGUAGUAAUUGCAAUUAAAAAUCAACCUUAUGCCUUUAUGGCAAGGGGGGUUUUAUGAGUUUUGUGCCGAUGUAGGUUUUCUGUUGUCAGAGAGUACCAAAAUGUUUGUUAAUACGUAAUUACUGAUGUGUAUUGCAUAUGAAAAAUUCAUUUCCUACAUUUAAAAUAAAUGCAAAGCACAAAACUCACGUCAAUUUUAAUUUUUUUUUCUUAGAGUCAGUUUGACUUAACAUAAGGUUUGUCUGUAAAUAAACGGUGACAAAUAAUUUUAAGCAUAAGUUAAAUAAACAAGACAUUUCAAGUAAA